AUGGCGUUCGUGGCACUUUUUGCAUUGGCAGGAUGGCUUGUGUCUUUUGUGCUUUACCGUCUCUUUUCGGAAAAACUGGCGGAGGUGAAUAAAUCUGCUGCCAUAACCAAAAGAGUCAAGGAACUAGAAAAACUGAUUUCCACGGGUGAUUCCACCAUACAAAAGCUCACAUCGGAAUCUCUGCUAUACAAGGAACGGAACUCCAACCAGGAGAAGCAAAUCUCCGCAUUGAAAUCAAACCUAGCGUCUCUUAAUGCGCAGUAUUCAUCGUUGUCGUCGACUUCUGACGCUCUGAAAAAGGAAAAUGAGAAGCUAAAGGCUGAAAUUCAAACGAGCAAGACCCGAAUUGCACAAAUGGAGAAGGAGGUUGCAGAUUCAUUGACUCGAGAGAAGGAGAUCAAACAGUCUUAUAAGUUCAAGUUCAAUUCGGAUGUGGCCAACAUUGUAGCCGAGAAGGACUUGGUCAUUGCACGUGUGAGUGACGAGGCAAGAACAGCGGCCACCAGGGCUGAUGCACUCAAGGCUGAAGUGAUCUCUAGUAGCGAGAAGAUCGCGAAGCUUUCGGAGGAAUUACAAUCUCAGGAGAAGGAGUCUAAGGAGAAGAUUGACUCCGGGGCAAAACAGUUGAGAGUUUUCUACGAGGAGAAGAUCUCGUCGCUUGAGAGCAGACUCAAUGAUUCCAAGAAGACAUUAUCCGACCUAAAGGAGGAACACAUUACCUUAGAGGAGAAGUUGGAGGAGUCUGAAAGGGAGAUAAAGGAGGUUACAGCAAAUCUCACCAAGAAAGAAGACGAAAUCUCCAAACUAAAGAGCGAUAAGGAUACACUCCAGAAGCAGUUAAGAAAAUGUGAGAUCCACUUAAAGACUGAGGGUGAGAAGGUUAUCCAUCACUUGGAUUCGUUGCAGAAGACAGAGAAGUUGCUCGAGGAGGAGAGACUGAAGACAUCUGAUGUCGAAGAAAAGCUGGAAAAUUUGAAGAGAGAAAAUAUGACACUCAAAAAGGAGUUGGAGCAUGUGGAGUCGCAGUGGAAGGCGGAAGAGGAGAGAUCAGGAAAACUAUCUGAGGAGAAUGAAAAGGUUCUAGAGAAGUCAGACAUGCUUAGUCAAGGUAAUGAGUUGCUUGAGGAGAAAGUUGAAAAGCUCAAUGAGGACAACAAGAAAUUAGAGGAAAAGAUAAACAGGAUUGCAGAAGACAACAAGGAACUUGAGGACAAUUUUGAAAGGCUCUCUGAUGACUACAAGAAAAAGGAGGAGGAAUCAGAUAAGCUCUCUGAGGAUUACGAGAAACUCGAGGAGGAAUCAGAUAAGCUAUCCGAGGAUUACAAGAAACUCGAGGAGAAAACAGAGAAGCUUAAUGACAAGACAAAGGAACUUGAGGAGAAAUUAGAAAAGUUUACUAAAGAUAAUGAUAAACUCGAGGAGAAAUCAAAGCAUCUCACCAAAGAAAAUGAGAAACUUGAGAAUACACUAGGAAAGCUUUCUGGAGAUAACGAGAGAUUGAAGCAAGAAUUAGAAGAGCUUACUGAUGAUAACAGUAAACUCAAGGCGAAGGAGGAAGAGCUUAAUGAAGACAACAAAAAACUCAAGGAGAAGGAGGAAGAGCUUACUGGAUCGUUGAAGAGCAUCAAAGACGAGCUUUCCACCGUCAAUCAACAACUUGAGAAGCAGAGAGAGGAGACAGAAGAAGUGAAAAAGGGCAAGGAAAGGGAUAUCCAACAUCUCACCGACGAGUUGAAGAAGAAUCAGGAGGAUCUUACUGCAGUCAAGGAAGAGUAUCUGAGCUUUCAGAGGAUCGCUGAAAAGAGGAAUAAAAUACAGGGGGACAUCCAGGCUCAAUUGAAGAAGAAGUUACAAGAAGCGCAAGAGAGUUUGAAGUGA